CGUGGCGCGAAUGGCGGGCGCGCACACUACUUUCCCCCCGCGCCACUCUGUCUGCUCUUCGUGUCGCGCGCCGGGAGGAGGGGCGCUAAUCCCCCGGGCCGGCUCGGUGUGCGGCGUGGUGUGACACAGUGUGACAUUGCCGUAGCAUUGCACCGCCCGGCGCGCGGGCCGCGAGUUAGUGGCUCAUUGUAACGCUGUUAGCCGCUCUCCGGCUCGGGGUGAACGGACUGCUAAUCCUCUGUCUCAUGUCUCUCUUUCUCGUGUGUUGCAGCGAUGCGUGGCGCGCGCCCUCUACGACAACGUGGCCGAGAGCCCCGACGAGCUGGCCUUCCGGCGCGGCGACGUGCUCACCGUGCUGGAGCAGAACACCAUGGGCCUGGAGGGCUGGUGGCUCUGCUCGCUGCGCGGCCGCCAGGGCAUCUGCCCGGGCAACCGGCUGCGGCUGCUGGCCGGCGUCUACGACACGGGCUCGCCGGCGGGCUCCCCCGCGCCGCCCUCCGCCACCCCCACGGGCACGCCGACGGGCACCCCGACGGGCACGCCUGACCCCGUGCAGGGCAAGCGCCGGUCCUGGCACGUGCAGCCCAAUAAGGUAAGAAAGACAAGUAAAUCAAAAAGAGCCGCCCGGUAAGGGGUUCGAACCCUC